GGCGUUGCGACGAACACUGCCAGCAUUGUCAUCUUCCUUCGGCUCGGGGUCAAGGACAGCAUCUCCGUCUGCUUCUUCCUCCUCUCCUGCUCAGACCUGGGAGGCCUGUUGUUCGUCGUCCCGGCCAUCGUCUUCUCCAGCUACGUGCCGACGUACCCCGCGGAAUCGUGGUGGGUCGACACCAGCUCGGUCGGUCUCAUCCUGAUCUUCUACUACCUCAUUCUGUUCGACACGUCCCAGCUGAUCACCACCUUCAUCGCCGUCCAGCGGUGCUGCUGUGUGGUGAUGCCCUUCACCUUCAAGAACACGUUCACGAGGUCCAGGGCUCUGGUCACCGCGGCUUUUAUAUUCGCCUACUGCGUGGCGACUUACACGCCGCUGCUCGCGCACCAGGGCUUGAGACCCGUUUUCGAUGCCGCGACGAACUCAACGGUUCUCACAUUCUGGGCCUCAGAAGAUAGACAGGGCUACAUGUCUUUGGUGGACAAAAUGAGCGGGAUGUGCCUGACGACCAUCUGCCAAGCUACGAUCAUACUCUGUCUGCUCAUCUUAGCAGGAAGUCUGAGGACCUCGUCCAGGUUUCGAAAAUCCAUGACGUCAUCUUCUUCCGAAAUUUCCGAACGCAAAACCUUUAAGAAGGUCAACCGUGUUUCUGGAACUCAAAGCGCGGCGACCACAAAGAAAAAUCGUGACGUCACCAAAAAUGUUUCGGGCAGCAGACGGGAGAUCCAGGCCGUCCAAUCGGCCACGUUCGUUUCCGUUCUGUUCGUCUUGUGCAACACGCCGAAAGUCGUUUUAGCGUACGCCUUCAUCGUGGAGCCCGAGCUGGGCCUCUACGGCCGCUACCAGAACAUCUACUACGUCGUGAACAUCCUGAGGAACACGGUGGAGUACAUCAAUGUCUCCCUGAACAUCUUAGUCUACCUCAGGUUCAACACCCGCUAUCGUCAAAGUUUUUUUUCGUGUCUGUACCGGUAA